AUGGCAUUAGACGCACUCCCAAUCAUAGUCAUUAUCGGCGGCGGCGGCAUAGGUCUCGCAACAGCCCAUCGCCUCGGCUCAGGCCACCACAUUCUCUUCGCGAGCCGCUCCCCGUCCACCAUCUCCGCCGGCGCUGAGUCUCUCAAACAAGCAGGCCACAGAGUCACGACGCAGCAAGUCGACGUGACAUCCUACGAAUCCGUCGCCUCCCUCGCGAAAACAGCCUCCCCGACAAUGGGGUCCGCGGAAAUGAUUCUUGCUGUGGAUGUAGUGGGAACAGCAAACGUGAUUGAAGUCUUUGGGAAAGAAGUCGAGAUGCCGUACGGCUCGUCGGUGGUUUGCGUGGGGAGUAUGGGCCAGCACAUGAUCCCGCCGCUCUCCGCGGCCCUCGAACGACACCUCGCGACCGCGCCGCGGACAUCCCUUCUGGAGAACAAGGAACUCCACGGGCUUAUCGCGGGGGCGGCUGCUGCGUCCGAGGCGUACGCGGGGAGAGGCGUGCGGGUGAACCUUGUUGCGCCGGGGAUGACGGAGACGAAGAUGCUGGCGGCGGAGAUGGAGGGGGCGAGUGGGGCGGGGAUCAGGGAGAUGAUGAAGGCGCAUCCUUUCAAGAGAGCGGCGACGGCAGAGGAGGUUGCUGAUGCGGUUGGGUUUGUGGCGGGGUGUCGAUAUGUCAAUGGGACUGAUGUGUUGAUUGAUGGGGGGUGGUUGGCGAAGUUGAGGUGGGGGGAGGGGCCGAUUGUGGAGGAGAUGAAGAAGCAUAUGGCGUAG